CCCCCCAGUCGCCAGUCUCCGCGGUCGCCACCACUGAAAUCCUCUCCUGAUUUCAGUAUCCCAAAUCGAGCGCCACCGGUGCAAUUCCCCUCCCCGGGGCCCCCCAACAUCCCACCCCAUCCCCCAUAACCAAAACCCUGAAUUUAUCCCCUUGGAAAACUCUCGUUAAACCCUCCUCUUCCGUUCAAAUUUCCCAGCAAUGCCUGCUUCCUCCUCAGAGGCGAGGACGAGGUGGAGGAAGCGGAAAAGAGAGCCCCAAAUUUCGCGAAAGUUGAAAGCACCCCAACAGCCUGCUCCAGACGACGACGUUUUGGAAGACGACGACGAGGACGAAGAAGAAUUGAACGAAGAUGAUAACAACAACAACAAUAACAAUAAUAACCAAAACCCUAACAACAUUACCCUUGAACGGACGGUCCAGAUUAGGGAGAGCGAGUCGGUGUCGGACGGCGGUGAGAGGAUUAGUAGCUUCCCUCUGGUUAUAAAACGGGCGGUACACCGGCCGCACUCGUCCGUGACCUCUGCCGUGACGAUGGAGAGAGCUGGGAAUUUAGGGGAAAGUAGAGGGCAGGGGCAAAACGCCCUCGUUUUGGAGAAUAUUUCUCAUGGGCAGCUACAGGCCUUGUCUACUGUGCCCACGGAUAAUUUGGUUAUAGGUGAGGAGGGUGGGAGUGGAUCGUAUGUGAUUACACCUCCCAGGAUUAUGAAGGGGCACGGCGUGGUUAAGAAGUUUGGCAGUGCUGAAAGGGUUCAUGUGGUUCCAAUGCACGCAGAUUGGUUUUCGCCUAAUACAGUGCAUAGAUUGGAAAGGCAAGUUGUGCCACACUUUUUUUCGGGAAAAUCAUCAGAUCAUACACCUGAAAAAUACAUGGAGUGUCGAAAUUGUAUAGUUGCCAAAUACAUGGAGAAUCCAGACAAGCACUUGUCACUAUCUGACUGCCAGGGAUUAGUAGCUAGUGUCAGUAUUGACGAUUUAACUCGUAUUUUGCGGUUUCUUGACCACUGGGGGAUCAUCAAUUAUUGUGCUCCUACCCCUAGUCGUAGUGUGCAAAAGGAUGGAACAUAUUUAUGUGAGGACUCCAACGGUGACCUUUGUGUUCCUGGAGCUGCUUUGAAAAGUAUUGAUAGCUUGGUUCAGUUUGACAGGCCUAAGUGUAGGUUAAAGGCAGCUGAAGUAUAUCCGGAACUUGCAUGUCAGCACGAUGAAGACUCUGAUUUUGAUAGUGCAAUCCGGGAACAUUUAUCUGAAACCAGAUGCAACUGUUGUUCUCGGCCAACUCCUACAGUAUACUAUCAGUCACAGAAGGAGGUUGAUGUGCUAUUGUGUUUGGAUUGCUUCCAUGAUGGCAAAUAUGUUGCAGGCCAUUCUAGCCUGGAUUUUGUGAAGGUCAAUUCCAUGAAAGGUUAUGCAGGUCUGGAUGGAGAAAGUUGGACUGAUCAGGAAACCCUUCUUCUUCUAGAAGGGAUGCAACUCUAUAAUGAAAACUGGAAUGAAAUUGCAGAGCAUGUGGGCACCAAGUCUAAAGCACAAUGUAUCCUCCAUUUUGUCCGUCUGCCUCUUGAUGCUACUCCCUUGGGAAAUAUUGAUGUCCCUGGCUGCGCUAAUUCAUCAAAUCUCCCGGAUGGAAAUGAAUGUGGGAGGUCACAUCCAAAUGCAAAUGGGAAUCUUGCAGGAUGUGGCUUGCAAGACCCUGAUUUUGAAACUAAAUUUCCUUUUGCUAAUUGUGGAAACCCAGUUAUGGCUCUGGUUGCCUUUCUGGCUUCUGCAGUCGGACCAAGAGUUGCUGCAGCAUGUGCCCAUGCAUCCCUGGCUACAUUAUCUAAGGAUGAUUGUUCAACUUCAACUAGAAAUUUUAUGCAGAUGGAUGGAUCAAGGAUAAGUAAGGAUAGCGGUCCCCGUGGAGACUUUGGAAACUCAAGCCAGCAAAAAGAAGAAAAGAUGAGAGGACAAGGUCCCUGGACUAAUACAGAUACAUUUCCAUUAUCUGCUGAAAAAGUAAAAGCUGCUGCAAAAGUUGGCCUUGCAGCUGCAGCUACAAAGGCAAAGCUUUUUGCUGACCAUGAAGAACGUGAAAUUCAGAGGUUAUCGGCUAAUAUCAUAAAUCAUCAGUUGAAAAGAUUGGAGCUGAAACUGAAGCAGUUUGCAGAAGUAGAGACACUCUUAAUGAGAGAAUGUGAGCAAAUGGAAAGGACAAGGCAGAGAAUUGCUGCAGAACGUAAUGUUAUAUUAUCAGCACAUCUUGGCUCUUCUGGAUUAUCUCGACCUAUGGGCCCACCAAGUGUUGGUCAAGCCAUGGUUAAUAGUAAUGUCGGUAAUAAUAGGCAACAAGUUUCAAAUUCUCCUCAACCAUUUAUAUCUGGGUUUGGCAGUAAUCAACCAAUCCAUCCGCAUAUGUCACUCAUGUCACAACAACAAUCGAUGUACGGAAUUGGGCCUAGGUUACCAUUAUCAGCUAUACAGCCAUCUUCCUCCUCUCCUAAUGUUAUGUUCAACCCUGCAGCGACCUCCCAGGCUGCUUUAAAUCAUCCAAUGUUGAGACCUGUGUCUGGGUCUAAAUCUGGAUUAGGUUGACUGUAGAAGUGAUGAUGCAACAAGAUUGCUUGUGUUACAAUUCUUGUGCUUUCAGCACUAAAAGUUGGGAGAGUGGAUGGGGUAGAUAGCUGCUGUGCAUGUUGUAUUUUGGCCCGUAUGUUUCACUGGGGGCCAGUGUUUUCGACGCAGCAGCCCAUGCAGAAGAUGAUGCAGCAAAUCUCAGAUCAGUAGGAAAGUGACGUGACUUUCUUCAGCAAUGGUGGUUCAACUAAUUGAUUGUUCCUUUUCAUUGCUACAAUUGUAGGUUCCAGUAUGUUAUUUUUGUUGCUGACUGAUUAACUACCAAGACAGGAGUAAUUUAAGUAGCAUGCUCGAGAUGUUGCAACCUUGCUGUACAGAUCAUGAAAUAUGCAGGGAUGUAGUGAAAGCAUGAAAUAGACGCCUUGUUAUUUAAAUCUCUGGCAUAUGCAUAUCUUCAUGUCAUUUUGCAGCUGCCUUGAUUUUGCA